ACCUUACUCUAGGACUUAGUUACAAGAUCAUUGAAACUCAUUUUAAAACAAAAUCAGCUAUUCUAGUCUUAAAGUUAAAGCUUGUUUAGAUCCAGUACUUGGUUCUACUAUCCCCUGCAGAUCAAGUUUGACAUAUUUUUCCACUGGUGACUUUUAUUCUUUAAAAUUGUGCGACGUUGUUCCCAUAAAUACAGUAUACCACUGCAACACAUUGUCAGUAUGUCAGUGCUGUAUCAAUAGAUUUAAUAUUGCUUUUUAAUGGAAAUGCAAGACUGAAAUAUUGAUAAAGUCCAAACUGAGUAUUAAAUCAAGUACAGAUGUAAUAGUAAACUGACAUUCAAUCAGCUGCUUAAUAAGAUGCAAUGGAAUUGGACAUUGUCGAUGUUCAUCAGUCUGUGAGAUUGUUGUCUGUAAGGUUAUAUAAUAGCAGUGCAUGUUAAUAGCUUAGUCCCAAGCUAAACCAGACAACAAUUAUUUGCUCCCAGACAUUUGCUAACUAUAAGUCAAUAAUAUAAAUUGUAUUUGACAAUUUGCUUAUUAAUAAUCUAUGUUGAUUUGCUCUAUUGAGAAACUCUAGAUAGGGAUGCCACCCUUGUUUGAGAAUGAGACAGCACUAAUCUAUUUUUGUACCGUGUUUUCCGUCUGCCUAUCAGUUUGGUUUUUGCUCUUCCAGUCUUAAAUAAGUUAUUUAUUUGAAUUAAAAACAUGUAUGGCCAAUAGCAGAAAUCAAUUUGUCUAUGCUUAUACAGCAUAGAAUUCCUGAACCCAAAGACCUGGUUGAUUUUCGCCAUUUUGGUUUGUAUCCAAAUAAACAGCAGGCUUUCCAUAAAGGAGGGAGGGGUCACUACACACACUCGCAUAUUGAUGUAACCAAGUCACGACGAGGCAUCAGCCAAGGAUAAAAAUAGCUCUAGCCAGGGAAUUUAGUGUUUAGAGAGGCUGUGUGUGUGGUGUGUGUGUGUGUGUGUGUGUGUGUGUUUUUUAAGCGCAGGUUGUCACAUUACACCCAUGUGACAGGAGAAAUCUAAGGUCCUCUGUUAGUGUGUGCUGCAGUCAGCAGGCUUACACGUGAUGGGGCUUUCAGGAGAAAACCUGUGACGCCUCUUUCAAGAAAAACAUGUGGGUGGAAAGCACUGGACCUUUCUAAAUAUUAACUGACUGAAACAAGGCAGCAGUCGUUACCCCCUAUGCAAGGCAGCCCAGGUCUAAAGAUUGAAAAAAUGGCCCAGGAAACCAACCAGAGCCCCGGACCCAUGCCCUGCGCCACUGGUUGUGGCUUCUAUGGAAACCCUAGGACUAAUGGCAUGUGCUCGGUUUGUUACAAAGAGCACAUAUCGAGACAGAAUGGAGGUGUCAGUCCUCUUAGCACUAUGGGUUCUAGCAGCGUAACCAGUAGUCCUACCUCGGAGGCCUCUGCGAUCCAGAUCAUUGAAGCUAGCUUAAAUAAUUCUGUUAGUGAAGCCGAGUCAUCAAGUGGAGCCGCUGCAGCCCUUCCUGUUACGCAGCAGAUGACCGAGAUGAGUAUUUCGUGUGAAGAGGAAGUUGCAGUGCCUAAAGUAGAAAUUCCUGAGCCUGUUGUUACCCAGCCCACUGCUUCUUCUUCUGCAAACACGGCAGUCACAGAGGAGGCCAAAGCUCCAGAAGCCUUCAAACCUAAGAAAAACAGAUGCUUCAUGUGUCGCAAGAAGGUCGGCCUUACAGGGUUUGAUUGCCGCUGUGGGAACCUGUUUUGUGGACUCCACCGUUACUCAGACAAGCACAACUGCCCCUACGAUUACAAAGCUGAGGCUGCAGCCAGGAUCCGCAAAGAGAAUCCUGUAGUGGUUGCUGACAAGAUCCAGAGAAUAUAAAUCUAACACCUUUUUUCCUUUGGCUUUCACCUUCAACCCACAAUUCCGGGAGAUAUCAUAUGAAAAGGACUCGCGUUUACCCUGCGAUCUAAAGGACUAGUUUUUUUAAGUACAUGGUUUGGGGGAUUUUUUUUGCCAGUGCAUGGAUUUAAAAGAGGGAAAGGGUGGGGCUGCUACACUGGGUUACACAGACCCAUAAGUCCUGCAUCUCUGCAUCUGUCUGGUUCUGUUUCUGUUUUUCCUCCGGAAGACUUUGACCUGAUUGUCGUGUUAAAGGCUGAUUGUGAUUGUUGAAACAUUGUGAAUGUGACUGCCCAUUUUUCUCGCGUAACGCCGCAGACGAUGGACACGCUGUAGCCUACAGGACUUCAGAUGACUGUUAUUGCCCUGUUUUGAGCGCUGCAGGGGCAACAGUGCAUGGCUGGCUCAUGUAGCACAAAAAAGAAAACAAAAUGGACGCUCAUGUUAAAGUGGGUCGAGGCAAUGCUCCAAAGGACUUAGACUUUAACCGUUACAACUUAAGCUUGGCUUUUUUGCUUGGGCCUCCCACUCUCAAGUAUCAGGCUGUUUUGUUUUCUGAGUGAGGUAUUUUUCCCUGUAAUUAGUGGACAGGUUCAUUUUAAAGCUUUUUGUUUUCAGUAUGUUUGAGUGUUGUGAAUGCAGGUUGGUUAACAUUUACAUUUUGCAGUUCCAUGUGUCAGAUCGGCUUUGUAUUCUGGUGUUACAUUGGUAUCAACAUGAUUGCGGGGCUGUUUUGAAUUUUUAAAGGGGAAUAUUGCAUGAUUAGUGAAAUUACUAAGUAUGUUAAGGGAUUAUUUUGUUUUGAAUUUGGCAAACAUCCUUUUUUUUUAUCAAUAACCCACUUCUUUAACAAAUUUAGCUUUUUAUUUGUGAUUUGCUAUUUUCUGUGUGUAAUGUGGAGUGAGUGUCACGUGUUAUGUUAAACACAGGUGCUGAAAGUUGUACGGUAUUUCUAACUGCCCCACUGUGGUGUGAAGGGACGUCUGAGUAUUGAGUGUUUGUGUGAAUACCUGGUUAGUCGAAUACCUGAAUAGUCUGGCUGCAGGUAUUCGUUCUGUAGGAGUCUCGUUCUGUUUACACCUGUCUGUCUUUUUAAGAUUUAGUUCUGCAAGUUUGAAAAACUCAACCAUUAUUAUAUUUAUUAUAUGUAUUGCUCAUCUAAUCUUCUUAUCCUCCAUUACAAAAUUGUAUCAUGUAAAUAAAAUUAAGUACAGAGAUCUAA